UUGGUUCGUUACAGCGUUGCUUGAAACGAAGUUGAACAGUGUUGAACAUUUUGUUCGCAGUUCGUCUCUCGAUUGCGCAGCUUGCAUUUUUUCUGCAUGCUUCAGCGCAUGUCUAUUUAUCUCGUAGUGUCCGUUGAUAAAAUAGUUUGAACUGGCUGUAGCUGUGUCUUGGAACUGGGAAAUUUCAAUUUGUUAUCGCUCGAUUCCUAUCUUCCGUGGUCUGACUGGUCUGUAUCUCUGUAAUUAUAUUCAUGCUUACUGUGGUGGACUUGGCGAACGUUUCUACCGUGAAUUUUUCGACCCGACAUACCUAAUAGCAUACCGAUCGAAGAUUUGCUGAUUUUGUUGUUUAAAAGGAAGCACUCGAGAUAAGCUCCGAAGCAGUUUAAUUUGAUAGAAUGGACGCUCCACUUCUUUCUUACAAUCCUCACGUCGAAGAAUUCGCCGGACGAUCACUUACGUUCAGAGAUUCCGAAGAUAUUACUUUUGAAGAAGCCUGCUCCGAUAGCAACUUACGAAGACGAGCAUUACAAUUUUAUCGCUCAACGCCGACGAGAUGGCCACCAUUGGAAUUCACCCAGUUCGUGCUUCGUAAUUCGGCCAUAAACGAAAGAGGUUGUUGCCAUUUCGAGAAACAGCUACCUUUCGAAGUUCGCAAAUGUUUGAAAGGGUUGAUCGGACGAGAAAAUUCCGAUAUUGUGAUCAGACAAGUGCAUGGUACCAAUAAGGACUCGCCGAGCGGUUUUCGAGGCGUUUUCGUCAAGUAUUUUUUCAAGAAAGUUAUUCAUAAUUUACGAAAUCAAAUAGGUCGGUACGAUUACGCCGAGAAUUUCGCUACAGUUUUUCCAUUCAAAGUACUCGAUCGUGUUCCUGUUCAGUACGAUAUCGAGGUGAUGAACGUACUGGACAACGAUUUCUACGAUCAGAUUCAGACCUUCUUGGAUGAUCAUUUCGAUAACGUCGAUGCUCGAGAAAUCUGCGCUUCGUUUUUAUCCAACGUACUUCAUUUUAAAACUACUCGGUUUCCUGAAGAAGCUUUAACCGAGAGAGUGACUUCGGGCGAAGGAAUCGAUACGAAGAAUUACCUGAGUUCGUUUCCUCGGCUGAGUAAAGAAGGCAUUCGUUGGUACCGUCAUCUGUACGAUGAUUAUAAAAACGUAUGUAAAAUAUUCGACAACGUUGACGUAUCAUUGGACAUAUACGACGAUAAUUAUUUUCAAACGUUACCCGAAUCGAAUUUCGUCGAUUUGUACGAAUUGCUGAGUAAGUGUUUAUACGCCAUCAGACGCAAGCAGUAUAUCGAACGAUUCAAGAAAUACUUGUUUUUCUUCGUUCACGCCUUGGGAGACGAUUCGAAUCCGGUGUUUUUCAUCGACGAUGUUUUGUUUGAGUGUUUGAAAAGUCUGCGUAAAUUCAAAACGUCUCCGGAGGACGUAUCAUUGGCUAGUGAGGUAGCUAAACUUUCGUUGGUACAUUUACGAACCAAAGCUCAGAUGGACGAAUCGGCCAAUAAUUCAGAUAUCUUUCGUAUGGAGUCGAACGUUUUACUAAACAUCAAAACCUACGUUCAGAGUAUUCCUGAUAUUGAAACUGCCGAAAUCGACGUCGAAUAUAAAACUGAUUAUUUGCACGGUUGGAUGUUGCUUCGUAACAGAGAUACGUGCUACGAGAUGUGUUACUCGAAAAGAAAACGAAAUAGAAUCGACGAUUUUAUCAGUCGUAUUUUAUGCGGAGUCCUACCUCCCGAUGAUGAACUGAUCAAAUACGUCGUGAUGUAUAAUUCCUACACGGGUGAAGAAAGCCGACUCGAAAUGCCUUCGAAUAUUGAAAAUAUCAGGAAUUUCAUUCGUCUAUCUAAUAAACACGAUUUCACCAACGAUACUCAGGCUGAAUCGAACGAUGCGUUUUUGACCAGAGAUGUGGAAAAGUAUUUUAAUUGUUUAAAGAUUGCUGAUUAGUGCAAAAGUGUGUGGGGAUGAAUGAUGGUGAUUUUGAGCGAGUCAGUUUUUCUACUUUGGUAGAGAAGUUGAACAUUCCAUCGUUAUUGUUUUUUAUUCUAUGAGUCUUAUUUACUUUUAAGUUACCUACCUAUUGUUUCUAAUGUUUAUCGGUAUCGAUUAAAAUCUAUUGAAUUUGAUUUUCUAUAAGAUAAGUAUGUUUUUCUUUAUUUUUAUACGGUUUUUAAUUUUUAUACCUACCUACAUAUUUUUAUUUUUUGUUUGCAUUGUGACUGUAAGCUGUUUAUUAUUUACUACCAUUUACUAGACUAUUUUCGUAUUUUGAAUUCAUCAUAAAGAUUGUUUUUUGAA